AUGGAUGACUACGACUACAUUAUCAUCGGUGCAGGAAUCGGCGGUCUUGUUUUGGCAAAUCGUCUAAGUCAAGAUGUCUCAAUUAAGGUCCUCCUCAUUGAAGCUGGCGCCAAUCGGAUGGGCGAUCCUCGUAUUGAGACCCCUGGAUUUUUAGGCACGAUGUAUGGCAACCCAGACUUUGAUUGGGAUUACAUGAGUGUUCCACAAAUCCAUGCAAAAAAUCGCCAGAUCGGCCAGCCACGCGGUCGCAUCGUUGGCGGGUCCUCCGCAUUAAAUUUCUCUGCAGUUGUGUACCCUUCAGCAUCUAAUUUUGCUGCAUGGCAGGCGCUAGGAAAUGAUGGCUGGGGCGCUGAGGAUAUGGCCCCCUAUCUUCGCAAAUUCCACUCGUAUGCCGCGCCCAGUGAGGCUACGGCAGAACUACUCGGCACAAGCCGGUACAUGAAAGUCGAUAACCAAGGAUGUGAUGGUCCUGUCCCCGUAUCUCUACCAGAUGUGUAUGGGCCAUUCAACAAAGCCUGGAACGAGACAUUUGCGCAAUUGGGGUGGGAAACAGAGGCCGAUCCUCUUGAUGGCCACAAACUGGGCGCUUUUACUUCCCCGCUAAGCGUGGAUGUCAAGACGGGGAGAAGAGGGUACGCAGCGGCAUACUACCCCCCCGAGGUCGCGGCGCGGCCGAACCUGCGACUUCUCGCAGAGACAAUGGUUGAGCGAAUUAUCUUCACUCAACAAAAUGGAGAUGUCAUCGCCACAGGUGUGCAGGUCAAGACUCAAGACAGUUCAUACGAAAUCAAAGCAAAGAAAGAAGUGAUUCUCUGCGCAGGCAGCCUGAAUUCCCCUCAAUUGCUUGAGCUCUCGGGCAUCGGCCGUGCAGAUCUUCUCCAGACCCAUGGCAUCCCGGUAAUUAUUGACAACCCGGCCGUGGGCGAGAACCUUCAAGACCAUGCCAUUACGAGCAUCAACUUUGAGAUCGCCGAUGACCAGGUCUCGGGCGAUAUCCUGCGCGAUCCAAACGUCGUUCAGACACUCAUCAAGCUCUACGAGGAGACACACGGAGGCCCGCUGGCAGGCAUGCCCCUCAGCAUGGCCUAUCUCCCCUUAGUGGAUGGAACUGGUGCUGUGCCGAAAGAACAAAUCGAGGCCUUGCUCUCCAAAUACCUGGACAACAAUAACACCCCACCCAACCUGCAAGUGCAGUAUUCUCACAUCCGCAAGAUGCUCCUCCAAAGCGAUGACCCCUCCUCGCACUACCUCUUCCUCCCUGCCCAACUCCACAUGAACCCAGGCAAAACCACACUCACCGACGUGCUGGUCAAAACUCUCCCGGAGAACUAUGUCUGCGUCAUGGUGCUACACAACCACCCCUUCUCGCGCGGUUCGGUCCAUAUUUCCUCCGGAAAGAGUGAAGAUAAGCCUAUCUAUGACCCGAACCUGCUCUCGCACCCGCUCGAUCUAGAGAUCAUGGCCCGGCAGUUGCAGUUCGUGAACCGCAUUGCUGAUACUGCGCCAUUCUCCACUCUGCUCAAGGCCGGGAAACGCAUGCCUGAGAAUACGACCGAUUUGAGCGAUCUGGAUCACGCGAAGGAUGUCGUGAAAGAUCGCUUGUAUACGUGUUUCCACCCCGCGGGCUCGUGUGCUAUGUUGCCGAGGGACAUUGGGGGUGUUGUUGAUUCUGAGUUGAAGGUUUACGGAACGAAGAAUUUGAGAGUUGUUGAUGCUAGUGUUUUUCCGCUUGAACCUAGUGGCAAUAUUCAGGCUACUGUUUAUGCGGUUGCAGAGCGGGCGGCGGAUUUGAUCAAUCCUGGAAGUCAGAGUCGGGCUUGA